UCCUCCCCUGUCCAGUCGCCGCCGCCGCUGUCUCCAUUCCCUCGGGAUCGCCAGCGAUCCAGCCGCUGCUCUCCACCUCGCAACCGACCAGACACACCCAGCCUCAUCCAGCCAGCCACCUUCCACCUUGACCUGGAGCCACCAGAUCAAGAUCCGAUGGCCCCUAGGCCACCAGCUCAUCCCCACCGGUCCACCACAGUGCCCCGCAGCCACGAUCCCGCCUCGAUCUUCUCUGCCUCGACGGAGCAGCCGUCGCCGGCCUCCAGGAACGGCUGCUCUGCAUCGUCCUCGUGCGCCUCCUUCCUCGAGCAGGAGCUCGACCUGCUGCCGGCGACCUCGUGCCCGAUCUCCCUCACCUCCUCCGUCCCGCGAGCAGUAGUAGACCGUGGCGCCACCACCGGAGCUCGCCGCUGCCGGGAAUCGCCGUCUUUCGCCGGAGAUCGCGUCCUUGUCCUGGAUCCGCGCUGCCGCCUCCUGCCUGUGCGUCGUGCGCGGGAGCCGGCAAGACUCCAGCGCCAUGGCCUUCCCCACCUCUGCCCGAGCGCCUCCAGGACCUCGUCUGCCCCGCCGCAUCGCCGAAUCCGGCCACCAGGAUCCUCGAGCGCCGCCGCUUCCUUCCUCCUGUUGCUUGAUCCCCUGUUUCACGAACGAGGAGACGAGCGCCUCGCCCGCGCGUUGACCCCGUCCUCGACCGCGCCAGCGUGGCCAGCCUCUUGGACCGCGUCGCAAGGCCUAGCAGCCCCUGCGGCCAGCUUCUUCCUCCCCGAUUCGGCCUCAAAGGCCCAUGUGUGAGCAGCCCUCCUCCAGCGCCCCUCUCCUGUACACUAUUUGGGCUAGGCAGAUUCGGCCCGUGUAUGUCUUUUUCCAGAUCUGCGAUUUAGCUUUAUUCCAGUGAUUAACAGGUUUGCAGAAACCCCCUUUAACUUCAUGCAUUUAAUAACUAAUAAACUAUGCACCGGUUUAAAAUGUUUUAUAUAUGUAAAAUGCUUAGAAAAUUGUGUAGAUUAAUAAUAUGCCAUUUUCAUCUAUGUUUAAAAUGUUUAAAUUGAUGUUUGCAUUAAUUUGCUAAUAUGCCAUGUUA